AUGCUGAUGCUGAUUCGGCCGGCAUGCCUCGCCGCCCAGUCUCAGGAUCGAUGGCGUACGACUUUUGAGCACGACGUCGCCUCUUGCGGAGUGUUCGUGACAGGUUUCGCUGUCCAACUCAAGCCGUCGGGGCUUCUGGCCCAGAGGACGCAGAUUCGAGGCCAACCAGUUGCCAGUUCUUCACACACGAAAACAGGUGACUCAGAGCCAUGGCCAGUCACCAUUGGCGCGUUGGAGGAGACUUUUCGGCACCCAGUUGGCACAUCUUCUAUGAUGUUUUUUUGCCCAUUUGCUCUAGUUUCCGUUUGA